AUGGUCGGCGUUCCAGGCAAAUACAAAGGCUGCGAGACCUGUCGGCUACGUAGGGUGAAGUGCGAUAACGAACGGCCCUUUUGCAAAAAAUGCCUCGAUAGUGGCCGGCAGUGCGCUGGGUAUGAGCGCGAGACUGUGUUCAUCAUAGGAACACUGGACGAUGGAGGCCGGUGUUCUUCGCAUCCGCCCCGUGUCAUCAAGUCGAGAAAGGCCAAAGGCAGCUCGCCGAGAGCAGGUUCGCCGAAACCUGGUCCAUCAAAGGAGAAGGCGCCCGAGAGAGCUCAGGGUGACCCUAUAACCCUCGUUGCCGUGGAACCUCUGCGGCCGGCGUGGGACGAUCUCAUCUCCGUUUCGGACCGCGAUAGCUUCCAUCAAGUUCAGCUCGCAGCUCUACGCACAAGUCUUCAGUCCUUGAAUCGGGAGACAGAUAGUGUAAGGGAUGCGAGCUUCCAAGUAACAGGAUUUGAGACAUAUGCUCCAGCAGACCUACACCCACCGCCAGUGGAAGAAGAGUUCACAAUACACGCACAAUGCAUGGUGCACUUGAACCAGCCAAGCGACAACCCGACCGCCAAUAUAGAGGCAGCUGUCACAGAUAGCAUCUGCCUGUAUCUCUACGAGCAUAACGCCUCGCUCAGGUACGAUAGCCUGCCCCCGUGGAGCGGUUCUGCUUCUCAGUCAGACCCGGUGAAGCGAUUGGGUCCAGAAGCUUUCAAAGGAUUUCCAAGUCACCACUUUUUUGUUCGAGUGUAUCGUCCUACUGCAAUAUCUGCUGCGCUCAUAAACCGCCAGAACACCUUCCUGUCAGGACCGCAGUGGCUCACUGUACCGUGGGAGACCUAUCCCAAGUCAUGGACAGACAGACUCUUCGAUACAAUCUUGCUCCUCCCAUCCCUCCUAUCCCGCUGCGAUCGAUUACUACCAUACAACCCCACCAUGGCUCGCCGCCUCAUGGCCCAAGAUCUACUUGUCAAUUGCUUGAGUGUUGAGAGACUUCUAGACGAUUGGCAUGUCGCUGUGAAUCCUGGCUGUGUGGACCUCACACAGCCGCUGGCGUUCUGGAUGGAGGCUCCAGUUGAUGCGCAUGCUCAUAUCCCCUUUGCUGAGGCCUUUGCCUUCCAGAACUCCGUGGCGGCGGUGACCUUCAUCUACUAUUGGACGUCAUUGAUAGUAUUUUACCAAUGUAUCGAGCGAGUCCACUCGGUCAUCUUUCAGCCCGUUGUCGACGCUUUCCCUCAGAUCUACCCAGAUCUACCCCCGAAUCUGCACAUCGACGUCAGCAAGUACUCCAUGGAGAAGGUCAGAGAUCUGGCGGCCAAUGUGUGCCGUGGCUUGGACUUUGCGCUCAAUUCAACGGUUCAGCCAGAUCUGCUAGUGGCGCCUCUGUUCAUCAUCGAGCAGUUAUACAAGGAGGUCAAUGCUACCUAUGGUGACGCUGCAUUGGAGCUCAUUUGGUGCGACGGCUUCCGCAUGAGGCUGGCGGCGAAAGGUCAAGACCUCGUUGAGCGGUCGCCCACCAGAGAUAUGCCGCCCAAGCGAGCUGCCUAUGUGAUCUGGGUCAACGGGGUGACGAACCCAGACCAGCUCGCAAUCGCCAGGAGGCUCGCUGCCUUUCUCGGCAAUGGCGCCACCGCUGUUGACCUGUCUGUCAGCACCGCCACUUCGAUCCCGCCCGAUAAGCGGUCUCAGGACCGCGCGCGCAACGAUGCGCUCUUGAAAUUCGUCUUUGCAGCGGACCGGAAGUACAAAGCUGUUGUCAUCACAGACCUACAGUACAACACGGCACAAGGCAGACACGCCUUUGAAGAGGUCCAGACUGCCGCAAGGGUGGCUGACCGACCUUUCCUACCGGUCUACUUGAACAGCGCCGCCACUGCGACCGCCACCACGACCGCCACCGGGAAGGCAGGUCAGAACACAGCAGAUUCGAUGGAGGACAAGGGACCACCACAAAUCAAGAGGGCUCUGGCGGGAGGCCACGAUGGCAGAAGCAAGGCUGACUCCAGUGGCGCGAGGCGAGAUUUCGGCGAUGCCGCCGGGGGCGCGGCAGCCGACGGCCCCACCAAUCGCGUGGCGGAUGCCGAGAUGCUGUUCCGUGGCCCCGGCACUGAGGGCCUCUCUGUCGACGCAUGGGGCCGAUCAGGUGCCGCAGCUGCCUUGGAAAUCUACAGGCACGUGUGCGAUCUCGAGCAGGGGGUCAAGUGGGUUGAUCUCGAGGAGGAUAGUGAUGACGGAGGGUGGAGUCUCGUCUCCAAAGGUCGCGAGCCCGACCCAUGA